AAGCAAUGGUCUUCUCGGUCCAAGAGGUCCCCGGAAAAAAUUUUCCGGUGGCGGCUGAUGGCAGCGAGAGACGUAAAAAAGAAUAUAAAGGUUUCGUAGGCGUGGAAGCAGAGCCCUCUGGAUCGAGAGCUUUGAUACCAACUUGAAAGAAAAGGUUAUGGGACGUGACAAGAAGUCAAAUACUGUCUGAAAGGAGGGAGCAUGAGCGUCGGGUGUGGUCCAUUGAUUUCUCGGCAGCAUACCCAACAAUGUUUGCAAGUGGGAGCGAUGACGGUUCUGUUAAGCUAUGGAAUAUCAAUCAGGGAGCUAGUGUUUGUACCAUCAGAACGAAGGCAAAUGUAUGCUGUGUUCAGUUCCCUCCAGAUUCUGCUCGUUUCCUUGCAUUUGGUUCAGCAGAUCACCGAAUAUACUACUAUGAUAUUCGCAACCUCCAAAUGCCACUUUGUACAUUAGUUGGACAUAAUAAGACCGUGAGCUACAUCAAGUUUGUAGACACUGUGAACCUUGUCUCUGCAUCCACAGAUAACACUUUGAAGCUUUGGGAUUUGUCUAUGUGUGCAUCUCGAGUUAUAGACUCACCGAUUCAAUCAUUCACGGGUCACAUGAAUGUUAAGAACUUUGUAGGAUUGUCAGUAUCCGACGGUUACAUUGCUACUGGUUCAGAAACAAAUGAGGUGUUCAUAUACCACAAGGCCUUCCCUAUGCCAGCAUUGUCAUUCAAGUUUCAGAACACAGACCCUAAUUCUGGUCAUGAAGUGGAUGAUGCUGCACAGUUUGUGUCUUCUGUUUGUUGGCGCGGUCAAUCAUCAACCUUACUUGCUGCAAAUUCCACAGGGAAUGUCAAGAUUCUAGAGAUGGUUUAAAGUUAAAGCCUCUCUACUCAGCAAUCUUCAAUAUGAUACAAUGUUUGCUGUGCAUGCAUGCAGGCAUUGAGGUGACAGAAUCUUUGUUCAACAUUAGCUUCUGUUGCCAGUAAUUAUAUACAGAUUGGUAUACAAAUUCCUUGAUUAUUACUUGUAAGUUGUAACAUAACAAAUUUUUGCAUUAUUGGAUAAGAGAGAAUGAGAUUGAUCUCGUGAAGGGGAGAAAAAAAGAAACCGGAAGUCCUGUAGAUAAAGUGCUACAUGGAGAAAGUAAAAGGUCAAAAUCUAUAUCAGAUUUUAUUAUGGUUUUGAUCCAUAUUCAAUUUUAUAGAUACAUUUACCUACAGGGAAGCUACUUUUUUUUUUUUUUUUUUAUGUAGAAUUCGAUGAUAUCUACACAUAAAAAUAUAUUGCUUUUAUGUGCUCUAUUGUGCCAAGCUCUGAUUCCUUGAAUGUUAUGU